GGCUAUGUGUGGUUUUUCUUUUCGGGGACAGCCGGAAAUGAUGUUCCACUACCGAUUCCGUACGGCUGGCAGAACCGGAAGUAGUCAGCAUGGACGGCGCCAUUUUGGCACUUCACUCCGUAGAUACAGGUCCUGAGGGAGGUCAAAACUCUCUGAUGCUUUUCAAGCGUGCACGCCUUUCAGCCGGCUCCUAGUCAUGAACUCACAGGUGCGGACCGAACCCCUGCUUGGGAACUUUCCACUGUCGAUCCCGGGGGACCCUUACUCUGUAGUAGUGCUACUGCAGGGCUACUCGGAGCCGCAGGGAACCGAGGGCGCGCAAAGAGCGGACGGCUCCGUGACACUGUUACUGCCCACUACCUGGAAGUCGCAGGGAGCACGUGGGGAAGCGCCCGCUGGCCCGGACACACAAACCGCCCUGGAGCAGGCGGGCUCGGGCCCGGUGCUAGUGGACACGGGGGGGCCCUGGGCCAGAGACGCCCUGCUGGCUGCGUUGGCUGCGCACGGCGUGGCCCCGGAUGCUGUGACUCUCGUGGUGGGCACCCACGGCCACUCGGACCACGUGGGCAGCCUGGGCUUGUUCCCGCGUGCCGCGCUCCUUGUAUCCCACGACUUCUGCCUCCCAGGGGGCCUCUACCUGCCCCACGGGCUGAGCGAGACAUGCCCUUUGCGCCUCGGCCCGGGCCUCGAGAUCUGGGCCACGCCGGGACAUGCGGGCCUCAGUGACGUCAGCGUGGUGGUGGCGGGUACCUCCGUGGGCACGGUCGUGGUGGCUGGAGAUGUGUUCGAGCGGGAGCACGAUGGCGACACCUGGCGGCAGCUCAGCGAGGACCCCGCGGCGCAGGAGCGCAGCCGGCAGCGAGUGCUGGCGGCCGCCGACGUAAUAGUGCCGGGUCAUGGGGGACCUUUCAGGGUCUUCAGAGAGCCCGGAGACCACUCAGUGUCCUAACCUGGGAGCGGGGUGUUGCAAGCACAGGCUCAGGGCCUGACCCUGACCAGCUCUGAGACUAACCCUGCCUGGUCCAAGAAGCGCCGCUAGGAGCCGUGCUGGGACUCUCGCAUCCUCUGUGCUGCCGACUCCUCUCUGGCUAAUACCUGCUUUAGAGGAGAAAAAUCUAACCAAGCACUUUCACCUGUGUCUCUGAGUCUCAUUUUCCUCCCUUUGGAAAUGAGAUCAGGAAUCCUUAUCUAAGCUGCCACCAUACCCACGAGAAUCAGAUGAAAUAAAAAAAAAAAAUCGGAUGAGAUAUUUACCCACGAGGAUCAGAUGAAAUAAAAAAAAAAUCGGAUGAGAUAUUUACCCACGAGGAUCAGAUGAAAUAAAAAAAAAAAUCGGAUGAGAUAUUUACCCACGAGGAUCAGAUGAAAAAAAAAAAAAAUCGGAUGAGAUAUUUACCCACGAGGAUCAGAUGAAAUUAAAAAAAAAAAAAAAUUAUCGGAUGAGAUAUUUACCCACGAGGAUCAGAUGAAAUAAAAAAAAAAUCGGAUGAGAUAUUUACCCACGAGGAUCAGAUGAAAUUAAAAAAAAAAAAAUCGGAUGAGAUAUUUACCCACGAGGAUCAGAGGAAAUAAAAAAAUCAGAUGAGAUAAAAGAUGGAAAUAAAAAUACGAUGCAAAUGUGACAUUCAUAAAUGACUGGGAAAAUCCCAACUUUUUUUUUUUUUUUUUUUUUUUUUUUUGCAUCUACCCAGAUUCAAGAUGCAUAUGUCAUCCUCAAUAUCUGGCUACUAACUUUUUCAAAUAAAUAUGUAUUCCUUUUUUUUGUUGUUUAAUAUUAAAUGCCUCCCUGUAUUUCUUACCAAACCUCUUAAAAAGAGCCCCUUGUGGAACAAAGAUUUUUUUAUGAAAAUUUUUUUUUAAAUUGACUAUAUAGAUAUCAGUGGAGUUCUCCCCUCUCCCCACCCCCAGCCCCCCAAAAAAAAACCUCUUUGGGGAGAAGUGUCAUAUUUCUUUUCUGAAAUCGAAUUUCUGCUUUGUAAUUGUGCCUCUUAAUUGUUUUUUUUUAUUUGUAUUGUUGUAUAUAUUCUCAGUUCUCUACAUCACUGCAUCCAUUCAUGUAAAUUUUUCAAUGCUUCUCUGUAUUGUGUUUUUUUACAAUCUAAAAGUAAUAUUCCAUUAUAAAAGUUUACCAUAAUUAACUUAUCCUUUCCCCACUUGAUAUCUAUUUAAAUACUUUAUUUACAAUUCGUUGCUUCCCUACUUUGGUACAUGACAUUCUUAGAUCAUAUUCUUAUGAGUGGAAUCCCUCAAUAUUAUGAAUAUUUUAGCCACUUUCCUUCCAGGUACUAUUGUUGCCCACUCUCCUAGGCUUCAACUUCAAUUGUCUUUCUAAAAAAAAAAAAAAAAAAAAAAAAAAGCUCAAACAUCUCAGAUCUAAAUUCCUUGUAUUUUUCUGUAAAGAGGUUCAUCUGAGGAAAUAGCAGUUCCUGGAUCCUAAAUAUUUUACCUGCUAUUAUUAUAUUAGCUCCUGUUUAAUCAUAAAUCCAAUCUGAAUAAUAUCCCAGCAUCUGCCCCAAGAGCAAAAUAAAUAUGAGAGCAAGGAUAAACUAGUUCUAAAAAUAUAUUAAUGAGAGCUCAACUUUUUAACAAAUGGAAUGUCUGGAUUCCAAGUUCAACAGUUCUGGUCCUUAAUGUGCUUAAUGGAGGCAAACAAAAGAAACAGACUUGCCUUAGUGCAAACAUCUGGAUGGAUGUCAACUAUUGCUGGCUUAGUAAUCCAAGAUAGGGCAGCAGACAAAUGCAAUAUGGAGCUAAAAAGUGGACCAAUUGCUGCCAUACAUUUACUUAUAAUCAGUGUGAGCCAUCUUAAUCACCACCACAAAUGGGAAAAGAGUAUGCGCUAACCUCACCAUAACUUCACAAUUUCCUUCCAAGCAGAAUGUGAAAAGGUGUUAAGAGAAGAGAUGAUGAAAUAGGGAUCCAGGCCAAGUACCUCCAAUUAAGCCAUGCAAGUAUGGACCAGGCCAACCACUGACAUCCUUGGCACCUCAGUGCCAUCACUGAGAAUGCCUAGGAGAUUACAUGCUGACAGAUGAUCUUUAGGAAUAGGAAGUAAAAAGGAAAAACAAAGUCAGCACAUGCAAACAGCCCAGAACAUUCUCGUUCUACUUUUUCCUUAAUCUGUUUUCUCCAGCCCAGAGUAUUCUCUCUGUUCUUUCCAAAUAUCAGCCUUUCAAAUUCAGUUCAUGAUAGUUUUUGUUUUUAUCUUUGUAUCUCCAAUGCCUAACACAUCUCUGGCACAGAGUAGGGCACAGCUAUUAAUCUUGCUGGUUUUUUAUAUUAUUUUGAGAGAAAACUGUCAGUCACAAACCUGAGGGCCCCUUAUUCCAACAGAUGUUACUGCUAACGAAUAAGAAAAGUCACUUCCCUUUAUGUCUUUCCUUUAUGAAAAUAAAAUGUCAUAGACCCGUUUGAAAUAGUCACAUCCACAUUUGCCCAGUUUUCUACUCCUGGCAGUUCUUGGUGAGGUCUUUCACGCUCCAGCUCCCUAACUUUUCACAAAUUUUCACUGAAAUGAACUGAAUCUCUUUUACUUUCACUGAUCUUUUCUUUGGGCUCUUUUACUUUCACUGAUCUUUUCUUUGGGCUCUUUUACUUUCACUGAUCUUUCCUUUGGGAAUAUUUCCCAUUAACUAUUCUAAAGCUUGCCUCUCUCUCCCCUCCCCUACUCCAACCCUGUCCCUGCCUAGUGAGUGUAUUUGAUUUUAUUGUGUUAUUUCUUUUCUCCCCAUUUGUUUCAGACCAUGACAAAAAUGGGAUACCUAGUGGCAAGGACUGGUUGUGGAGAGAACAGUUCCAAAGAUUUGACACUGUGCAGUUGAGCCAAGAGAGAAAAAUACUUUGGUCUUUGUCCUAUGGGAAGAGGAAAGGGAGAAAACAGCAUUUAUUAAGCACCUGCUGUGUACCACACCCAGUGCUAAACAAAAGUUAUCAUCUCUUUGGUCUCUUCAACAUCCCUGUGAGUCAGGUGUUAUAAGGAUUGAGAGGGAAAUUGCUGUGCUCAGGGUUUAGCACUGGCUAGCAAGGACUACGAAUUGAGGUGCAGAAAUGGUGGCUGAUGCAAAGUGAGAGUUCAGCCCUUCCAUAAUUAUGUGCCUUCCCUGACAUAAUUAUGUCAGCACCUCAGGCUCAGCCCACUCAUCUUCCGGCUUCUUUCUUACAACUCUGAACUCCACUUAGACUCAAAGAUCUGAAUGAAUUAUGCAAGGAAAUCACUAGUCCAGGAGGGAGAGACUUGUUAAGCAAUUUUCAGGUUUCCUUUUCUAAAAACCUAGAAAAAAACCUUUUGUAUACCUCAUUAAUCGUAGUGUCCUUCCAUCUCAUGUCCAAGUUAAAGACUGAGGGGUUUCAACCUUUCAUGCUCCUUGAAAAGAAGACCAAUAUUAUUAUUUCUGAGAUAGAAUCUCUCUAAGUAAUCCCAGUUGAACUUUUAUAUUAAAUGAAUAGAAUUCAUCUUCCCAGCACAUGAGUGACAUUUGUGAAGGUUACUUUGUGAUGCACUGUCAAAUAUCUUGGCCAUUUCUAAGGACCCUGGCCACAUGUGAGGGAGAGAAAAAAUCAGCCCUCCACAUUGUGACCUUUAUGAAACCAAUGGAAAUUCCUAAUUAAAACAUGGUCUUUUUCUUCA